CAAUCUUCGUCGUCGGAACCAACCCACAAAACCACCAAAGCCAAAGAUCGACCAUAGACACAAUCCAUCGAUCAUAUACAUCUAUCUCUACUCUGCUCUUCUCUUCUCUUGCUAGCAAGUACGCUCCAUCUCCACUCGCUUAGUUUAUCUAUCGAUCUAGUCUAGCGCUUCCAUCCUUCUCGACGUUACCUCUCCUCCAGUUUCCACAAUGACGAAUCCUACCAACAUUUUGUCUCGUCUCAUGAUGAUGAUGAUGUCUCCACUCCUGAUCAUCAUGACUCUUUUGUUGUUCAUGACACCAACAUUCGCAUACCCCGGCAUGGUAAAACAAGCCGACACGGAUUCGCGUCCACGUCUGUACCGUGCCAAAGAAUUGGUGAAUAUCAUGAAGGAACUUCGAGCCGGCGAUUAUCGAUUGGUUCGGCCGAGUUCUCCCACUGCAGAAACGCAAGUGGAACAACACCGAUGGUGUCCCUACAAAUUACACUCGUUUGUCAUGACAACGUGUACAUCGACCGCAGCCGGUCGAUCGCGCGGUAAAAUGUCCGUCAGUUUGCACAAACGGGGCUUGGCGGCCGAAGCGGUGGCACUGUGUUUGACGGAACAACCACAAUUUCGCGACAUGGCCGCCAAUACCAGCUUUUUUCAUACCAACUUGACACAAAUUCAACAACACCAAUUGGUGGGAUGGUCGUUGGCGGAAGGAUUGACAGUCCUCUUACAAGAAGGAUUGACACACUAUCAAGAAUAUCGAGAUGGAGGAGCCGUCAUUGCCAUGGCACAAGCAGCCGAAGCGGUGUGGAUUGCUUCGUUUCAUCAUCCGACUCUGAUUCAAAGUUUUCUACAACACCAUACGAUCCAAAUAUUGGGAGAUUUGAUUGUCUCUCUGCGACCCAAUUUCGACAAGAACAACUCGAGUGCAGGUGUCGAGUAUCCCUACCACCCCGCUCAUGCCGUCAUGUGGGCAUGUGCGGCACUCCAAAACUUGGCGGCCCAUUAUUGCGACAAUGAACUGGGAUAUUGCAUUUGGGAGUGGCAACAACAAGAUGACACUACUGGCGAGAGUAAGUUGACAUUGGAUCACGACACGGCUGUUGUGCGCCCCGAAUUGGCCCAACAAGCCCGUCAACAGAUUGCGGACGUUCCAAAUUUGUUGGAGACAUUGCGCCAUUGGAUCUGUCACGUUGGACAUAUCCAUGCUCCAGUCAAUCAGACGUAUGGGUGGCCUUCCGAAGCCAUACUCUGGAAGGAUUUGACAUUUAAUGCCCAGUCGCCUCAUUUGCAAUCGCCCUCCAUUGUUCCCUGGGCGGCUGCCGGGCUCAUCAAGAAUCUGUUACUCGGCAAGGACAAUAUCGCAUUGCAAGAGCAGUUGUCGCAAUUGUCGGAACUACCCGACUGUCUCUGUCGCAUGGCACAAAACAGUCCCGAUUGGUUGGAACAUGGCAAAGCUGCCGCGGCCGUCCACUUUGGGGGCAUGCCGUGUUCUUCCGACAAGCAUUGUCGUGACGACGAGACGUGGCACCAUGCCGAAUCCGGAGAGACUUGUCAGGAUUAUGCCCGGGAACGAUGGUGUGUCGAAUACGGGGACGAUGUCAAUGAACACGGCACGACGGCCCGUCAAGCGUGUUGUGCCUGUGGGGGUGGAAUUGUGAUGAGCGGUGACAAUAAUCAGAAUGAGAACAUUGAGAAUGACAAUGGCCAAGAGCAAGAGUGGAGCAUGGGAGAAAAUGUCGUCAUGGGAAAAACCACGGGGGAAAUGGUGGAAACUGCAGAAGAAUCAUUUCACGAAGAAUUGUAA